AGAAGCUCUCCUCUCUCCGGGCGCGGCUGCCAAUCCAAUGCAACUCUAGAAAUCUCUUCUCUUCUUCCUCCUUCCUUCGAUCCAAACCCAAAUGCUCGCCUACCCAAGCACGUCUAGCCCAUGGCCGCAGCUGGCUUCCCCGCGUCACGUGGCGGUGGCGGCCGCCGCUGCGGCGCCCGCCAGGGGCAAGCGGCGCGGAGCGGCGGACGCCGGGGAGGGGGAGGCGGCGGAGCUGGUGCGGUUCUUCCUGCGGAAGACCGCCGGCGGCAAGGAGCGGCUGGUGGCCGUGCUGGACCGCCACGUCAAGGUGGUCCGCACCGAGCACUGCUUCCUCCUCUUCGAGGAGCUCGGCCGCCAUGACGGCUGGGUCCAAUGCCUCGAGAUUUUCAGAUGGAUGCAGAAACAGCGGUGGUACGUCGCUGACAAUGGCAUCUACUCCAAGCUGAUAUCCGUGAUGGGGAAGAAGGGGCAGAUACGGAUGGCUAUGUGGCUCUUCUCUCAGAUGCGCAACAGCGGGUGCAAGCCGGACACCUCCGUGUACAAUUCCCUCAUCGGCGCGCACCUGCAUUCGCGUGACAAGAGUAAGGCCUUGGCUAAGGCUCUCGGCUAUUUUGACAAGAUGAAGACCAUUGAGAGAUGCCAGCCGAACAUCGUGACGUACAACAUUCUCUUGAGGGCUUGUGCUCGGGCCAGUGACGCGAAGCAGGUGGAGAUCUUGUUCAAGGAUCUGGAUGAAAGCCUGGUCACUCCUGAUAUUUACACAUAUAAUGGAGUCAUUGAUGGAUAUGGGAAGAAUGGCAUGAUCAAAGAGAUGGAAUCUGUGUUGGUGCGGAUGAAGAGCAAGCAGUGCCGUCCAGAUGUGAUCACAUUCAACAUACUCAUAGAUUCAUAUGGACGGAAGCAGAUAUUCGACAAGAUGGAGCAGGUGUUCAAGAGUUUAUUGCGAUCCAAGGAGAGGCCUACCCACCCGACGUUUAAUUCCAUGAUAACGAAUUAUGGGAAGGCAAGACUCAAAGAAAAGGCUGAGUCUGUACUUGAGAAGAUGGAUGAAUUGGGAUUCAAACCAAGUUAUGUGACACAAGAAUGUCUCAUCAUGAUGUACGCGUAUUGUGAUUGCGUCUCGAAGGCCCAACAGAUCUUUGAUGAGCUUGUGAACUCACAAAGUACUGUCCCCCUGUCUUCCUUGAACGCAAUGCUUGAUGCCUACUGCAUGAACCGCUUGCCUAUGGAAGCAGACCGGCUAUUGGAUGCUGCAAUUGAGAAAGGUGUCGUGCCAGGAGCCUCCACAUACAAGUUGCUUUACAAGGCUUACACCAGGGCGAACGAUAAGGUGCUUGUCCAGAAAUUGCUCGGGCGAAUGAACAAGCAGGGUAUUGUUCCGAAUAAAAAGUUCUUUCUGGAUGCUCUCGAAGCAUUUGGCACCUCUGCAAAUAAACCCAGGAGAGUACAAACCUCAAACUCUGCAAGCAAGCCAAACAGAGAUUCUGCUGUUAAUUCAGAAAUUGCUGCUUCAAGCAAGCCAAAGUUAAGUCCAUUGGAAGCGAAACCCAGUUCAAACUCCGUGAUCAAGCCGAGCAUAUACUCUGAAAGCGAUUCUGAAACAGCUACUUCAAGCGAACCAAAGUUUACCGUUUGGCAAGUAGCUUCUUGAUGUGGCGCUGCUGUUCUAACAAAUCUCGUUUCUGAACCGCCUGACAGCAGUGUGUUCAGUUGCUUGUACCAAAUGAUACAUGUAGAGGGUGGUCCUAGAGAAGAGGUGAUCCAUGUGUUUGGUUGCUCGAA